AAAACAUGAAAAUAAUAUAGUACUAUUAUAGAAGAUAAAUAUCGUAAGUAUGAUUUGAUCAACAAAAAAAACAUUACUUUCUGUUGAAAGUUAAAACUUCGGAACAUGAACAACAACAACUCCAACUCCAACAACAACAUGCGAUCUGCAAAAUUGUUAACAUCAAAAUUUUCAACAUCAUUGUCCUUUAUUUUGCUUGCAAUUCGUGCAUCACAAAUUCAACAUCCUAGUACACAUCUUUCUUUCAUUGUUUCCAUCAACUUCCCUUUGAAUACACUCAAUCUUCACCAAAUCUCGAUUGAUACCCCAAAACCCACUUUCUUAUUUCAAAUAAAAAAAAAUUGAAUUUUGAACAAACCCACAUAACCAUUUUACAAAUCAAAAUCAUUAACGGUGUAAGAAGAAUCAUGGUUUUGUUUUCUUCUCAUAAGAGUACAAGUUUCUUCUUUGUGUUUCUAUGUGUUGCAGCACUUGGUUCGGUUUUUUUGGUGUGGCAGAAGAAUGUGAUUAAUUCUUUCUUUGUUUUGGGUGGUGUGGAGGUUCCGGUUUGGGAAUCACCGAAGCUGAGACCUGUGGUUUUUAAUUUGGUUGAUUUUGGUGGUGUUGGUGAUGGUGUUGCUCUUAAUACUAUGGCUUUUGAAAAAGCUAUUUCUGUUAUUUCUAAGUUUGGAGAUAAGGGCGGUGCUCAGUUGAAUGUGCCACCUGGUUUUUGGCUUACUUCACCUUUUAAUCUUACUAGUCAUAUGACUCUUUUUCUAGCUCAUGAUGCUGUCAUUCUUGCAAUUCAGGAUGAAAAUUAUUGGCCAUUGAUGCCUGCAUUGCCUUCAUAUGGGCAUGGUAGGGAGCAUCCUGGACCACGGUAUGGCAGUUUGAUUCACGGUCAACAUCUUAAAGAUGUUGUAAUAACAGGACAUAAUGGAACCAUAAAUGGACAGGGACAAACAUGGUGGACAAAAUAUCUCCAUAAGCUUCUCAACCACACAAGGGGGCCACUUGUUCAACUCAUGUAUUCUAGUGACAUUGUGAUCUCAAAUAUUACUCUACGCGACUCUCCCUUUUGGACUCUUCAUCCAUAUGACUGCAAAAACGUUACAAUAAAAAAUGUUACAAUAUUGGCUCCUGUAUAUCAUGCUCCAAAUACUGAUGGCAUAGAUCCUGAUUCUUGUGAGGAUAUGCUGAUAGAGGAUUGUUACAUAAGUGUCGGGGAUGAUGCAAUUGCAAUAAAAAGUGGAUGGGAUCAAUAUGGAAUUGCUUAUGGAAAGCCUUCUAAGAAUAUAAUAAUCCGAAACCUCGUCGUUCGUUCUAAUGUCAGUGCUGGUAUCUCAAUAGGAAGUGAAAUGUCCGGUGGAGUAUCUAAUGUCACCAUCGAGAACAUUCUUGUAUGGGAAUCUAGACGCGCUAUCAGGAUCAAAACCGCACCAGGUAGAGGAGGAUAUGUUCGCCAAAUAACUUACCGGAAUCUAACUUUCCAUAAUGUCCGUGUUGGAAUUGUUAUCAAAACCGAUUACAACGAACACCCUGACGACGGUUAUGACCCUUCAGCACUUCCAAUUCUCAGAGACAUAAGUUUCGCCAAUAUCCGCGGUGAUGGAGUUCGCGUACCGGUACGUAUUGAAGGCAGCAAAGAGAUUCCAGUUAGAAAUGUGACUUUCCAAGAUAUGAAUGUUGGAAUAACAUACAAAAAGAAGCAUAUCUUUCAGUGUGCCUUUGUGGAAGGUCGAGUAAUAGGGACCAUUUUUCCGAAACCGUGUCUGAAUUUUGAUCAGUAUAAUGAGCAAGGAGAGUUGGUUAACCAGGCUGUGUCACAGAAUAUAACAAAUAUAGAUUAUGAAAUUUGAGGUAUAUCAAACUCCUAGCUUCUGUUCCAUCAUUCUGCUGUAACUGCGGCAAUGUAGUUACAGCCUCAACCGUCCGUUGUUAAUGAAUGGUUGUGAUUGUUUUAUACAUAUAUAAUCUGCACCAUCCGAUCUUAAAUCGAUGAACGAGAUCAAUUACUGCGUGUAACCUCGUGAUAAUACUACAGCAGCAAAUCUAAAUCCCCUCAGUUUAUGUCGGAUUGUUUUUGUAUGAUCAUUUUUGUCAGGGGAUGGAACAGUCAAGUCAUGCCAUUUUUGUUGGUAAUUUCAUUUUCCAUAGUUUUCUUUAGGUGAUGAGUUGUAUAUAGAAAACUUUUUCAGUUGCUUACAUAAAUUUGUCAGAAUUUCACAAAUGCACAAAUUGUUAUGAAAUACAGAUACUGAUAUCACGGGUACCAGACAGACAUGACACUGUUAGGGCCCGUUUGGUGCACAGGAUAAGAGAAUUAUGUAACCUCGGUCUAUAAUUGAGAGCUAUUUUGUUUUGUAA